AUGGCUUUCAUGAAUACCACCUCCAGCAUUGCUAUGGCCCUUGCUGGCAAGACGGCCUCUGUCGAUAUUCCCAAGCCGCGCUCCGGUUUCACCCCGGGCGGUCGUGACUCCGCUCGUCCGGGGCAUCCUGCCAUGUUGCCUACUCCGCCCAACUCCAUUUCCCCCACUUUGCCUCCGCAGGGCUUCAGACGCCAGGGCGCUAAUCACCCUGGAUACUCCCCGCUGAGCUCCUCGCAUGUGGAGUCCGAUGUUGAACUCGGAGAUGCCGCCGAUCAUACGAACAACUCGAAUGAAGCUCGUCCGUCGGCUCAUGAUCUAGAUAGCACCGGGGCUAUCACGCCCGGCAUGUUGGCCAAGUGCCAUCUCCCGGAAAUCAUGCUGCAGCAUGGCCCUUUGGCUAUUCGCCACCUGAUGGGCUAUUUGACCACUAGUGUUCCGGGAUUCUCAGGCAUCCCGCCUGCCAAAGCCCGCAGGCUGGUGGUCGCUGCGCUGGAAGGUCGAGGGAGCGAAGACAAGAGUGGCGGUCGUGAUGGUGAUGUUAUCUUCGAGAAGGUCGGCUGGGGACGCUGGGAUGCUCGCCGUCGUGGUGAGCCUUUGCGGGAUGCGCAACACCUCAACGUGUCGCCACCCGCCAGUAUCUCCAACUCUUUCCCACAACGGGGCAUGCAGAUCCCUACGAAGCGGGGAAGCGUUCAGCCCUAUGGUAGUAGCGUCACUGGCGACUCCGCUGUCUUCUCUUACUCGGAGAUGGACUACGGUGGACAUGAUGUCAGCAUGCUGGAACAUGAGGCUGACAAGAUGUCACUCGACGGAAACGAGCGCGAGUACUGCUCGUCGUCUGAGGCCCCGGACGACGAGAUGCAGGACGAAGACUGGGGCGAAGAAGACAUCACAGACGAGGAAGAUUGGGCACAGAUAGGUGCUGAUGCGCUUCGCGCACGAUCAUUGAACGCCUCGGGAGGCUUCGUGAAUGGGACACAUAAUUCGCCACAGCUGCGCGGCGGAGGACCUGCUGCGUCGUCGCUGGCGAAGUCUGCACCGCGCAGAUUACCGGUUCAACAACACGGCUUUACCCUCCCUGAGGGUGUCAUGGGUGACCGCGAGGAGCGUGCUGCAGUCGAGGCGCUCCUCCGACUCGGAUCAAUGUAA